UUUAUUUCAUAAACUCUUUUUUUUUUUGCUUUUUUUUUUCUGUCUAGUCAAGAGGAACAGAAGAUCCUUCUGUUUUUCUGACAUGACAGAAUUGUAAAUUGCUUCAUUUCCUAUGUAUUCUGGAAAGUAGAUUUACUCUUGGAAGAGGGUUGGCUCAUAGAGAAAGGGGGAUGGGGGAUGCAAUGGUUGAUCGAUACUGGUGUCACAUGUGCUCCAGGAUGGUGACUCCGGUUAUGGAAGCUGAGAUUAAGUGCCCAGUGUGUGAAAGCGGGUUCGUGGAAGAAGUGGACAGCACAAGAGACCUCAAUAACGAUGGCAUUGAUUUUGGAUCAGAACGUGCAUUCUCUCUGUGGGCUCCGAUCUUGCUUGGUUUGAUGGGUGGUUUAGGUCCUUCUCGUGCACGAGCUCAAGAACAUAAUAGCAGCAAUGCACAAGAAGAAAAUGGUGAACUCGAGAGUGAGUUUCGAUCCUUGUUUAGGAGGACGAGGAGGAGGAGAAGCCCGGCUUCAAUCCUUGGUAUGCUUCAAGAUCUUCGUUCGGGUUCAGAGAAUUCUGAAAAUAAUGGGCAGAGUAAUAGUAGCAAUAACAGUAGUAACAGUGUGAUUUUGGUUAAUCCUUUCAAUGAAGAGGCCUUAGUUCUUCAAGGUCCUUUUGAAAUGAACCAAUCCGAAAACCCAAUUCGCAAUAUGGCAAGUUCUUUUGGGGACUACCUUAUAGGGCCUGGUUUGGAUUUAUUGCUGCAGCAUUUGUCAGAAAAUGAUCCUAACCGCUAUGGGACUCCUCCUGCACAAAAGGAAGCAGUUCAAGCAAUGCCAACUGUUGCUGUUGAGCAGAGUUUGCAGUGUUCAAUUUGCCUGGAGGAGUUUGAUAUUGGAGAUGAAGCAAAAGAGAUGCCAUGUAAACAUAAAUUCCAUAGUGGGUGUAUUCUUCCCUGGCUGGAGAUUCACAGUUCUUGCCCAGUUUGCAGGUUCCAAAUGCCCUCUGAUGAUUCCAAGAUUCAAGCAAAUAGCUCAAGAAGCAGUGAAGGGAGAAUGGAGAACAAUGACGCUAUGACCGGAGUGGGAGGGGAAGGAAUAGGCAGCGGGAGAAGGUAUCGGAUCCCUGUUCCAUGGCCUUUUGAAGGAUUGUUUUCUUUGUCAGCAUCCCAAAGUGGUGAGAGUUCUACUUCAGCAUCUUCCACAGAAGCCAUGCCAGGAAAUCCAUCUCAUACAGAUGAAACUUGAAGAUACUUGUAUGCAUAAACAUGCUGCUUUUAGAUAUGAUUUUUUUGUUUAGCUCUUCAUGUGAGGAAUUUGCCUACUAUGUAUACACAUAUGUCCUGUGAGGAAUUCGGUGUUGUUCAAAGAAUUAAUGCAAUUUUGCUGGCUUUCUUUAA